AUGACUUAUCAUGGUUCACUUGAAGGGUGGAUGAUUUUGUCAUUUGAUCAUAAUAAAUCAAAGGGUAGUUUAUCCUUCUCAUUCUUCAAUCCAGUGACUAAUCAUAAAGUCUCUGUUCCAUCACCCUUUUACUUCCCUUCCAACUCUCAAAUUCAAGCUAAAGACUUUUUUAUAGGGAAAAUGGUGGCCUCUUCCACACCAAAUUCAAGCUGUUAUAAAUCAGAUUGCUAUUUGGCUGGUCUCCUCUAUGAUCGUUGUCAUAUUGCAUUUUAUAGGCUCUUUGACGUUUCUAAUUCUUGGUAUGUGAUUGAAUCAGAUUCCGGGGUCCAUUUUGAGGACUUGGAAAUUAUGGGUUCCAAGUUGUAUGUUAUGACUGACGAAUCCUUGAAUUCCAUAUUAGUUUAUGAUCUGAAAAAUUUCAUUGAUGGGUCGGCAAAGCCUAAAGUAUUAACCAUGCUUCCGCAAAAACCCACACAAUAUUUAUCAAGAACAAUUCAUAAUCAAAGUCAUAUUUCAGGACUUACCUACCACUUUCUAGCCAAACAUCAAUCUUCAGAGCAAUUAUUCCUCACUUUCCUGAUCUGCAGUGCAGUUUAUAAACAUGAGCAUGUUAACCCUUCUACGAACAUUGUCACCAAAUUUGUUUUCACACCUGAGAUUACUGCUGUACAAGUGUUCAAGUUGGACAUGAAGAAGGAACCUAUUGCAUGGAUAAAGUGUGAAAGCUUGGAUGAUAACGUGGUUUUUGUUAGUUGUGACACGAGCAUGGUAAUGUCAAGAGCUUCCCUUAAUAGCCCUCAAGAAUCAAUUAGAGAAAAUAGUGUCUAUUUUGCUCUUUCAUUUGAUUGUGUUACAGAUCCAUGGGAAGACACUCGUUUGGGGAUCAUGAACUUGACUGAUAGUAGUAUCAAAUAUUUUUCUAUAGAGAAAUCAAGUCACUCUGCAGGCACUUAUGCUUCCUGGUUCGUACCAAGUAUUUGA